UUCCUCAAGCAUCAUAUUCACACAAUUGAUCCGUUCACAUGGCUACUCUGGCGUUCUACUUAUUAGCCGUCUGUUGCCUCUCUAAUGUCAUAAGCCUUCCUCUGCUCGCAAAUGCCAUCUCCAACUGCGGCGGAAGCUGCGCCACCCUUAACGACUGCGCCGGCCAGCUCAUCUGCAUCAACGGCAAAUGCAACGACGAUCCUGACGUUGGAACCCACACCUGCAGCGGAGGAGGAGGCGGCGGAGGUACCUGCCAGCCUUCCGGCACUUUAACCUGCAGGGGUAAAUCCUACUCUCAGUAUCGUUGCUCCCCGACGGUCACGUCCUCCACGCAAGCCAUCCUCACACUCAACGACUUCAGCGAGGGCGGCGACGGCGGAGGUCCGUCUGAAUGCGACGAGAGGUACCAUAGCAACUCGGAGCGUGUGGUGGCGCUAUCGACGGGAUGGUACAACCACGGGUCGCGGUGCGGGCAGAUGAUAAAGAUCACGGCUACGAACGGGAAGAGCACGACGGCGAAGGUGGUGGAUGAGUGUGACUCGGUAAACGGGUGCGACAGCGAGCACGCUGGACAGCCCCCGUGCCGGAAUAAUAUCGUGGAUGGGUCGCAGGCUGUGUGGGAUGCGUUGGGGCUUAAUUCGGACGUGGGUGAAGAACACGUCACUUGGUCCAUGGCAUGACGACCUGGCUAGUCGCAAGAAAAGUUAUCAAUGAAAGGAAGAUAGCACACUAACUGGCUGAUCGCUUUGCUUUGCUUUUCAUUUUUCUAGUCUGGAAUAAAGUUCAAAACGCAGGAAUAUAAUCACCGUACGUGAAGAUAAUGAGCAUCCCAGUAAUGUACCUAUAGUGGAUCAACAAAUUAAAAAGUUUAUUGUUGAUCCACAUUAAAUCUACAAUAUAAUGUUAUAAGUGCACUUUUAUGCU